AUCCAUGGUCAUGUGUUCAUCUAAUAUAAUUCCAAUUGGCCACUUAGCAUAAUAGAAUUGGCAGAAAACCUGAUGUGUAUACAACUAUAUAUAAACAACAACUUUGUAUUAAUUUCAGGUGUGUGCUAUAUUGCUUCUUGGGAUUCUUCAGUCCAUGACUCGGCAAACCUGAAUCGUAUAACAGGAGCAGAUAACCGUGUGUAUUUGAUACUCAAGGUGGUGUUGCGGCUAAGUCACCCUGCUUACAUGGAAGUUGUGCUGCGUAAACGUAUCUGUGUGAACGUUAAACAUCGUAACAUGAGUCUGACAGACAAACUGAAGAAAAAGAUGUGGUAUGGAGGGGAAAGCCUACAUGCGAGCGGUGUCACUUUUGAUGUUGUCUCAAACAUUCCAAAGGCAUCUGAAGACUUAGAGCACAUGGAAAGUCUUGCACAGAUGGCCGCAUCACAGAAUGAAGUGAGUGCCGCUGACGGGGAGACGUAUAUAGAGAAGUACAUCAAGGGCGUGUCUGCAGUAGAGAGUAUACUCACUCUGGAUAGGCUGAGACAGGAGGUAGCUGUGAAAGAAUUAAUGGCCAAGCAAGGGCAGUCACUCCGUAAAACCACAAGUGUUCCAAAUAUACACCAGUAUCCAUGGUUACGAAAAACAGAGUUCAUGACUACACCACCAAGAUUAGAGGAGAGGAUGAGAUUUGAGAGUAUACAGGACCUGUCCAUGCAUGAUACAAGCUUACGAACAGGAACAGCAGGUGAAUAGCUCCAUAUUACUUCAAUAAAUAUUCUGUAUGCUAUGAAUAUGUAACUUGUAUGGGAUUUCUUAUCCAUUUUAGUAAUGUCUUGGUCUGAGCUUAUAAAACUUGAAGUUUGAAGACCAGUCCAGAAACUCUGUCUUCUGAUUGGCUGUUUUCGAGUACAGAAUUGACCAAUGACAUUGUUGCAUUGUUAGACUGGUCUCAAAACAGAGUUUUAUACCCUUAGAGUGUUGACAUAGUUUUCAUGAAAUUCUUCGGUAGUGGUAUACUUCAUUAAAUGUUGGGAUGACGGAUAUGUGUUUACAGCACAAACACGUUUCAUUAGUCGUCAUAAUUUUAGUUUCUUUAAAGUAUAUUCACUCCAAAGGCAGAGUUUUCCUUGGACCACAAGACAAAUAUGGAAAUGGCUGUCCUUGUUUACACAAGUCAUAUGCAUUUUAAGUCAUGUUAACACUUGGAAAGCAUCGUCAAAUAUUCUGUUCUUUCAAUUAGUCAAUUUGAGAUUUAUAACUUCAAAAGAAUUCAACAUUCAAAAGAAUGCAACAUUAUAUCAGUUAUAAAACAUUGUCAACAAGGAAGAAAAAAUCAAAAUAUAUGUUAAUAAUCUUCAUUGGAGUAUAAAAUACAUUGGAUGUAUUUAAAGUAUGCAUAAAGGCCUUGGUCCUGCACUCCCUU